GCGACGUCCGCAUACCGCACCGCCGCUGUCUUUUGCCGUCGAAGACGUGCGCAUAAAUGGUCGCGUCAUGACGACCGGGAAGACAACCGUCGUUGAUUCGAAACGCCGAGUACAGUCGUUCAAACUAGUGCCGUCGGUUGUCCUCCGAUGACGUGGCGUGUUACGAACUCGAAACCGCAAUAGGUUGAAAAAUGUACAAAACGGUGCACCGCGUCCAAGUUGUGUUGGGGCCGUUAAAAAAUUGUGAAGACAAAAAGAAACCGUAGUAUGAAAAAUUUUGAAUACCUCUGCAGAAAUUACUAUUUGGGUUGAUCUACACAAUACGUUGUCACAUCGUUAUAUUAUUCGUGUUUAACCGAUGGCAAUUACUGGCGUGGCUCGGAAUAAAUGGUUCGCUAACUUCUGCAAACAAACAUGUACGGUGCUCGCGCUACCUUUCAUAUAUUACGAUUUACGGUGGCUUAAAAAUGUUUGGUUGUUUUGAAUUCAAAUAAUAUUUUUUUUUCUGUCAUUCUCGUGUUUCGGGUAUGAACUGGCGUCCGGGUUAUCUUAAUAUUAGCACCGCACUCGGUACGAAAAUUCCGUUACUUCAGCUACGUACUUAUCUUCUUCUGUUAUCGUAUUGAAAAAAUAAAACUGCUGCAGUGUUCCAAAAGGUGCAGAUUUAUAUUGGAAUCGGAAUCACGGUCGGCAACGUAGCACAUAAUUGUUUGGUGUGGAAUUAUGAGUUAUAUCAAUACCAUAAUAUUAUAUUACCUAAUUACCUGAACACUUGUUUUAAUUUUAAAAUGUAAUUUUGCCGUUGACUUACACUUCAACAUUCGUUUCCUAAUGUAUACCUAUUCACGGUGUUUGUGAAGUCUUUAUCAGUGUUUUUUAUUUUUAUUAUUAUUAUUACACGGUUGCUUGACAAAAUCACGUCCUUGAGAUGAUAUCAAUAACUGUAAUAGAAUAAAAUAUUUUAAAUAAGUAAAAAAAAAAUAUGGGUCUGGAAAAUCAAGUGGCUUUGGUGACUGGUGCAGCAUCAGAAAUUGGGUACGCUUACGUAAAGUGUUUACUUCAGAACAAAGUUAAGGUGUUACUCUGUGAUGUUAAUGUCAACGAAUGUCAAGUUAUUUCACAUAAAUUCCUAAAAGAGUUUCAAAAUAUCAAUAUACUCUCGAUAAAAUGUGAUGUUACUAAUGAAGAUGAAUUUGAAAAUGCUUUUAAAACAUGUAUCAAGCAUUUUGGUCAAUUGGACAUUGUUAUUAAUAACGCUGGUGUUUUCGAUAAUUCAAUUGAACAACGAUGGUCUGCUACAGUAAAUAUAAAUUACGGCGGAGUCGUCAGAGGUACAUUACUGGCUAUUAAGUAUAUGGGAAUUCCCAACGGAGGUAAAGGCGGAACAGUAAUACAGACGUCUUCUUUGAUGGUUUUCGGUGACAGUUAUUGUAAUCCCAUAUACUUGUCUACGAAAAAAUAUAUGAUGGAAUUUACGAAAAGUUUUGGAAAAAAACAUCAUUUCAGUCUUCAUGGUGUAAGAAUUAUUACAUUGUGUCCGGAAUUUACUGCUAUUAAUAAUUGUGUAAGACCAGUUUGUAAAAAUGAAAUGGUGCACAAAAAUGGAGACCGUGUCGAGGAGCUUGAAGAUUCAAAAAAUAAUCAACUGUACACGAAAACACAAAAGCCAGAUAACAUCGGGAAAGCUUUGAUUACAGUUUUGGAACUUGGGAAGACUGGAGAGACAUGGAUUGUCGAAGAUAACAAACCACCACGACUAAUUGAUUAUUAAAUAUGAUUGUAUUUAUUUUUUCAUUAAUGAUAAAAAAAGAAAAAAAAACCAUUGUAAUG